GUUGACGUUGACCUGUCUGCGCCCGUGGAAGGGCCCAGCUUCCUCAGUGCAUCUUCUGCAUCUGUUUCCUACGUACAUACCAACGUAACAAUGGCCUCGUUCGUGGAUAACGACGACGACGAUCGCGAUCUUGCGGGUGAGUUGCAAUCCGGUGAUAGCGCACGCGUCCAGCUAACAUCUUUCUUCGAUUCCUUCGCUUCUAGGCUCACAAGAUGGGAGCUCUGAAAAUGACAAUGAUAAUGAUAUGGAUGUUACAAUGCAAGAUGCCGAUGAUGCAGACGGUGAUAAUGAAAACAACAAGCCCGACCUGGACGCUGAUGCGGAUCCGGAUCAAGAUGCAGAGAGCUCUUCCAUCACAGACCAGGUUUCCGAGGCUCAACAGAACCCUGCCAUCCCUCCCAGCACGGUGAAUGCUACAGCUGCCUCGAUGUCCGUUUUCCAUCCUCCCGUGCGCGCCGAAUGUCUGACUGCCACCACCUACGAUAUAGUCCCGACAACUGCCGCUCCCCAUAGCACUUCGAUCAACGCGAUAUCCGCCACCGCAGACAUGAGAUGGGUAUUCAGUGGAGGCUCCGAUGGAUAUAUCCGGAAAUUCAACUGGGUGGAGUCGGUCAACGGCAAGUUGAUGCUAACUGUUGCACAGAGGCAUCCCUUUGUGGACUGUGUGAUAAAGGCCGGUGUGGUCAUGACAUACUGGGAGAAUAUGGAUGGCAAUGCUUUGUCACCCGUGUAUUCAUUAGCCUGCCAUAGCGAGGGUCUGUGGCUUCUUUCGGGGUUGGAAUCGGGCUGCAUAAAGCUCCAGUCCGUCCGGCAUGAGGAAGGCAAAGAGAUUGCUACCUUGCAACAGCAUAACUCUGCUGUAUCGGUUUUGACCCUGAGUUCUGAUGAGAAGUCACUGCUAUCUGGUAGCUGGGAUAAACGCGUUCUCGACUGGGAUCUGAAUACAGGCCAGAUCAGGCGCUCAUAUGGAAGCAGUGCCAGGCAAAUUUCGGCUAUAGAGUUCCGGCCAGAAUCGAGUCUUCCGGUCCCCAGAGACACUGUCGAACCUCAACUCAGCAAUGGAACAUACUCAUCCAACAACGAAGCUGAUGGCCUGGGAGCAUUCAGUUUUAUGGAUGGCGGGAACACCCACGAUGAAUUUGGUGCUGGCCCCAACCCGCAGGCGGGUUCUCCGGUGGAUUCACUCUUUGGUGGAGCUGAUUCUCUAUUUGGCGAUGGAGAUGGCGGUGUUGGGGAUGGUACAGGCGCGUCUGGUCCCUUUGGAAUGGACAGUUCGUUUGGUGAAACUCUCACCAACGGCAUUGUACCUGAGACAGGUCUUCAUGAGGAACCGAACCAUACGAACGGGCUUACAAACCUCAGCGGUUCCCUGGAAAAUACGAAUCCUGACGCGAACGCCCUGUCUGGCAUUUCAAACACCAAAGCAGAAGCAGAGGACCCUGGAAUGGGACUCCCAAAUGGGAUCUCGUCCGAGCCCGCCGUCAACCAUUUGCCGCAUGCGGAGGAUCUAGAGCAGAUGCCCCGGCAAACGAGCGAUGCAUCCCAACCGUCGCAGUCUGCCGGUGAUACAACUUUCCUUGCUGCAUCCAUUGAUGGAACGAUCCGCAUAUGGGACAGACGGCAACCGGAUCCAGUUGCGCGCAUCAGCCCUCACAAUGCGCCUCCUUGGUGCAUGAAUGCCUGCUGGUCUCCAAACGGUGACUACGUCUAUGCUGGCCGGCGGAACGGCACGGUUGAGGAAUUUAGUCUGCACAAGGGCCUGCGAAGCGCUGAACGGGUCUUUAAGUUCCCUCAAGGAAGCGGACCAGUUACCGCGCUCAAAGCGAUGCCUAAUGGGCGCCAUCUCGUUUGUGCAUCGCAUGAUAUCCUUCGUCUAUACGAUUUGAGGCACGAGCAGACGUCUCAUCGUUCAACCGUGCCCUUCCUCAUCAUCCCAGGGCAUCGCACGGGACUUAUUUCCCAACUGUACAUUGACCAAGCAUGUCGAUUCAUGAUCUCAGCUGGCGGUCACAGAGGCUGGGAAGGUAGCACUACGGAGGUGCUGCUGGGAUAUGAAAUUGGUGUGCCAAGAUGACUGUCUUUUUAUUUCUCUUGGGUAUUGGAAUAUUUGGUUCAAUCUGUUGGCAUGUACUAUACUAUAUAUACCUCUGUCUAGUUUGCUGUCUGCCUGUCCUGGAUAAUAGGGACGAUGACUUGGAUUUUUCUUACUGAUAUAUCCGUAAGCAUUGUUUUGGUUCAAAUGAGGGAGAUCGGGGACUUCGAAUCUAAUAAUACCA